UUAUUAUAUAGGUAUGACCUGUAUAGAAAAGACUGCUUCGGUUCUCCCAAAGGAUCUACAGUCGAGCCCAUGAGUCCAGCGGGUGCACCUAUUACCUCUACCCCAGGACCAUCGUCUUUUCCAUACAAGUGUGAUGUGUCAAGAAUUACUUCUUCAGAGGCGGAAAUAACUGAUAAGUCAGAUGUAUACAUGUCUGGAAUAGAAGAAAUGAAAAAAAGCUGUCGAUGUCCCAUUGUGAAGGAGUCAAACAGUUUCAUAAACCCUUUUGAUUUGACCAUUGAUGUGACUGAGGUGGAAAUGACAGAUGAUGAUGUAGAGGAUGAUGAUUAUGAACCAAGUUUUAACAUCACUCUAAGAGAAGGACUUGACACCACUGCUGCUACUGAUGAUGAUGAGGAUGACGAAUGCAUAAGUGAUGAGGAAAUCGAGACUACAGAAGUUGAUUUUAGUCAAAGUCCUGGUUGUCAUCGCAUCAAAACCAAUGAAGAGAUACAAGGCUUUAUGAAUGAUCAACCUUUCUUGAUAUAUUACAACCAGCUGCUGAGUUUAGCUACAGCAAACAUACAGAAAACUUGUUCGCAUAAAGGCUGUGGACUAGGAGUAGAAAUAAAGAAAGAAGUUGUUGCAUCAGCCCUUUACCUGAAAUGGAUUUGUCCAGAUGGUCACACGCUUUAUAGAUGGUGCUCCCAGCCAAUCUUGAAUAGAGGUGUACACAUUGGGGACUUGAUGCUGACUGCAAGCACUGUCCUCUCAGGAAGUAAUUUCCAAAAGAUAUCGAUGUUUGCUAAAUUUUUACAUCUUCCUAUUCUUAGCAAAAGCACCUUCUAUAAAAUGCAGCGCCAGUAUGUUGUCCCAUCUGUCGAUGAACACUGGAUAAACCACCAAAAUGCAGUACUGGAGGAGUUCAGAGGAGUUGAUUUGGUUGUUCUUGGGGAUGGAAGAAUGGACAGUCCGGGACAUUCCGCGCAGUAUUGCUCUUAUACCUUCAUGGAGUAUACUACCAAAAAGAUCCUAUGCAUCAUCACCUUAGACAAAAGGUUUACAGAAAAGAAAAGUACAAACUUGGAAAAGGCGUGCUUUAUAAAGGGACUUGGGUUUCUUAUAGAGAAGGGGAUGAAAAUUAUAGAAGUUGUGACUGAUGCACAUGUGCAGAUUUCAUCACUAAUGAAGAAAAACUAUCCAGACAUCAAGCAUUUAUUUGAUGUUUGGCAUGGGACCAAGAAUUUGGGGAAAAAAAUCAUCAAGGCAGGUCAAGAAAAGAAGAAUAAAGGUUUGCUGGACUGGACCAAAGAUGUGGUUAACCAUUACUGGUAUACAGCACAAACUUGUACUACAAAAGAAGACUUUGUUAAGUACAGCAGAGUUGGAAAACUUCCAGAACCUCAUUUUGAUGUACGCAUCGAAGCGACAUUCAUACACGCCACCUGCUUACCGAUGUCGAAAUCUCUUGGCUGCAUUGGAUCAUAAUGGUCACAUUGAUAGAGAAGUUAUGACAAACAAAGAUGGAUCUAUCAGGUACCAGAGAGUUUUUCAGAAGAAAAGUAGUAGAUGGUCAGUCACAACAUGUAAAGAACCAAAACAGUAUUCAUAUGUGCCUGAGAUGAUGCGGAAGAUUAUCCUUAAACGCCUGGAUGAUGCCAUUGGUAUGAACCAG